AUGCAGAUUAACAACAGAGCAGAGACCCUCGAAUGCAGCACCUUUCUUGCUUGUUGCGGACGACGCUGCUGCUGCCCUAGGAAGCGAGACGAGACGUGGGCUACGCAACGAGAAGCGCGCGUGCGUUCGGCUGCCGAUACAAAGUGCACGAGGAGGCGGCGGCAGUGGCAACAGCGGAGGAAGAAGGAGACGGAGGAGGAAGGAGAUGGGAAGCAGCGUGUCUUGUUGUAG